UCCUUCAUUUGCUUGUUUCUCUGUCUCUAGAGACGACAGAUCCGCUGAUGAAUUUCCAUCCUUUAGCAUGUCCAGACUAGUAGGAGUUGGCAUGGAUGAGUAUGGUAGACAUAAUAGUUUUGCGGAUUACGUUAGAGCUUCCUGCAAAAGAAAGAAUGCUGCCGUGGUUCCAGCCACCCCAGCUGUAUAUGGAGGGAUUAAUGCUCUGCAAGCCACAGAAGGAUCUCGCAGAAAUCUGUGGAGCAGAUCUAAUGGAACCACAAUCCAUCCUGAUUCUUCAGCAGUGCAUCAUAGUAAUUACUUACACCAAGGGAACUGUAUAGGUCAGUCUGCUCCACCUGACAACUCUUGGAUGGCGCCAUUUGGGAAUAAUGCAGGUGGUGGUGGAUGUUCCAAUUGGAGCAACCCUCAUGCUGUAACUCAUUUGCAAGGAAGAUAUUUCAGUUCAAGGGAUGUGGAGUUGGCGAACAUGGGUGUGCAGGGAUACCAGGAAAUUCCAUUUAAUGCUAAUUCUGCUUUCCUUUUCCAGUCAGCUCCUAUGCCUAAUCCUGCUCCUAUACCUAAUUUUCAUCACCAUCUAGCACCCUUGCAUAGCAUACAAGUUCAGAAUUAUGGGCAGCAUAUUAAUUUUCCAGCGCCCCCUUAUCAGCUUCCUCUUCACUCUUUUUGUCCAUCCACUAUCAAUCCUUCAUUCAAUCCUCUGGAUUCUGGUAACAGAUUUCUACCUUGCCCGCCACCCAACGCCAAACUCAUUUGUGGUCCCCUGCAGCAACCUCAAACUGCAGUUUCAGUAAGCCACAGAAAUUUGAGGAUUCUAUCAACGGAGGAUCCUGCUGUAUUGGAACUUCCAAGGUUUUAUGGUGUUGGGGAUGUCACUGACCAGCAUAGAGAUAUGAGACUUGAUAUCGACGACAUGACUUAUGAGGAACUUCUUGCCUUAGAAGAGCAGAUUGGAGAUGUCAGCACUGGCUUGACAGAGGAAUCUAUCCUUCAGAAUCUAAAGACGAGUUUCCACAUCACAUCAUCUAAAUCUUCAUUUUCUGAUUGCUCUUCUAGAUCUUUUCCAGAGAAUGAAACUUGUUCCAUUUGCCAGGUGGAGUAUGAAGAGAGUGAGAGACUGGGAACGUUGAAUUGUGGACACAAUUACCAUGCUGACUGCAUAAAGCAAUGGUUAUUGGUGAAAAACCUUUGUCCAAUCUGCAAAACUUCGGCUUUCGCAUCAAAUGAUAAAAGAGAUGCAUGACUAUCCAAAAACUAUUGUUUUUUUUUGUCUGUUUGUUGGAGAAAAAACACAUCCAAUCAAUUGUUGUAAAUAGAGACGACGCAAAAACAGUGUCCCUUGCAAACGUUGACCCUCACAAUUAAGAGGGUGAAAUUUGCUCUCUGUAUAGCAACAUUUGUUCCAGUAUCAGAAAAACUGUUUUAUGAAUAUGCAAGCAGGAAGUUGGUGA